AGUAGUAAACACACAAUUAAUCACUCACACUCGACAUAACUGUACUGGCAGGGACGCGGCGUCCUAGUUAGCGUGUGCACGGACAGGGGAAAAAAAUAACCACCUACUCCAACAACCAACAUGAAGCUGUCUGUGUUCUGUCUGCUCGUGGCUCUCGUCUGUCAACGAGCGUUCGCAGACUGGGUCCGGCAGCCGUUUUGGUACGACGACGCGCGCAGGGAUAAAGUGGCGAAGGGCACGGUGUGGCCCCAGCCACGGUCCAUACAGACGACACAACAGAGCCUGUCUCUGAACCCGGACAGCUUCAGUUUCAGCACGUCUGACGAUGCGAGCAGUAACGCCAACUGCAAGGAUGUGCUGGACCCCGCUAUUGAAAGGUACCGCGAUCUCCUGUUCUGGAUCCCUGCGGGCGAGAGAGUGAGUGUGAGCGGGGACCGUGUGUUAGGCGGCCUCCGGGUGACCAUCUCUGGCGGAACAUGCUCCGAGUACCCGACUCUGGACUCGGACGAGUCCUACACGCUUGAAGUCCCUGCAAGUGGGGACGCGACACUUCGGGCCCAAACCGCAUGGGGCGCUCUUCGCGGCCUGGAGACCUUCAGUCAGCUCGUGUACGAAGUUGACGGAAAGCACAAGCUGAACGUGACGACCAUCUCAGACGAGCCGAGGUUCCGGCACCGCGGAGUCAUGUUGGACACCGCCAGACACUUCCUCAACGUGCCGUACAUCAAACAGAACCUGGACGCCAUUGCAUAUAACAAGAUGAACGUGUUCCACUGGCACAUCGUGGACGAUCAGUCCUUCCCUUUUCAGAGCGCAACCUACCCGGACCUCAGUGGAAAGGGCGCCUACACCCAGGAUAACGUGUACACGCGACAGGACGUCCUGGACGUGAUUGAGUACGCGCGCAUGCGCGGCAUCCGGGUCAUUCCCGAGUUCGAUUCGCCAGGUCACAUGCAGUCCUGGGGUCAAGGUUACCCAGAACUACUCACAAGCUGUAGCCCCACGAAUGUCCAGGCGGACAUCUACCACCUAGGCCCAGCUAACGUGGCCAGGAACAGCACCUACGACUUCAUGCAGAACCUGUUCACGGAAAUUAGGGACAUCUUCGCGGACGACUAUUUACACCUGGGCGGUGAUGAGGUCCACUUCCAGUGCUGGAUGAGCAAUGCAGAAAUUCAGGACUUCAUGAGGCAACAAGGAUUUCCCAACACAACACAGGGAUUUGCUCAGCUGGAAGGGUACUACAUAAAACGAUUGUUGGACAUCGUGGAAGGCCUUUCUGUGGCACCGAAAAGGUCCCGGGGAAUCGUUUGGCAAGAGAUCUUCGACAACAACAUCCUCAGUGGUGACUUCACGGUUGACCUGGACACUAUAAUCCACGUGUGGCAGUGGAACAACAGUAACUUCCAGGGGAUCCCGUACUGGGACGAGCUGCCGCUGGUAACGGGGGCGGGGUACCAGGCCAUCCUGUCGUCCUGCUGGUACCUCAACUUCAUCAGCUACGGACGGGACUGGCCCGAGUACUACGCGUGCGAUCCCCACAACUUCACCGGAACUCCCCAGCAGAAACAGCUGGUGAUCGGAGGAGAAGCGCCUCUGUGGGCAGAGUGGGUGGACGCCACCAACCACGUCGCCCGGAUGUGGCCCCGUGCCAGUGCGGUAGCAGAGAGGCUGUGGAGCCCGCAGAGUGUGACUGACUCCGCCGCCGCCUCGCCCAGGAUGGAGGAACAGCGGUGCAGGAUGGUCAGACGGGGUAUCCGUGCGCAGCCGCAGGGGCCGAGCUACUGCAAGUACGAGUGGAACCUCGCGGGGCAGGCCGGGAACUACGUCCCAACCGCCUCGGGCGCGCGGGGCAUCACGGGAUAUGCCCAGCAGCUGCUGUUGUCGUUGUUCUCUUGUUUGGUCUUGACCUUUGGCCUUUCGUGAAUGCGACCAUACUGACCGUAGUGAAGUUGUAUCCAGAAUCGUGCUUUAUAUAUCCAAACGCAUGCCGAUGUACUGUUCUGGAUAGUCCACGUGUAUCCAGAACCGUACUUCAUCCAGAACCAUUGUCAAGCACGGUUCUGGAUAGUCCACACGUAUCAAGAAUUGUGCCUGCUGCAAAUUCUACAUACUUGGAUACCUGGAGACUAUCCAGAUCUGUGCUUGAUACCACUCAAACGCAGUAAUGUACGUACUACAUCUUUAAUUCGACUUGAAUGUAAUAUUUGCUUGCCACUGUUUGGUUUUUCUAUUUGCAUUCAACGUAUAGUUUAGAACGUAUGAUAUUUUUUUCUCUAUUCUACAAAAAUUAAUAGGCUUUGAAUCACUGGGGAAUUGAUAUUCGUAAGCCUAGAGCUAGACUGUUUUGGACCUCAAGUGCCUUGGUCGCAAUGUACUUCGGAAAGAAUUCAUCUGUGUGACUGGCAAUUUUGAAAUGAAUUUUUGCAAUAAAAAUCCUCACUUUG